UUGAGCCCUCUCCUCGAUCACAUGCGUUGCGCUCCUCGCAGAGUACAGAGGGACAUAGCUGUUCUGAAGGAGGCCGGCAUCGCUGGCCUUCUGUUCGAGGAAUCGAAGCAGAACUUCCUGUCACUCGGAGGCAAAUCAUGGUCGACGACAUGAGCUCCGAGGACGGAGUGCCUGUGAUCGAUCUCGCAGACAUUCAGGGUCCGGGGUUGGAGAGAAUCUGUGAACAAAUCGCCAAGGCUAGUGAGGAAUGGGGCUUUUUCCACAUCGUCAAUCACGGUGUGGACCUGGAUUUGAUUCGGAGGACCCAGAAGGCAUACAUAGAUUUCUUCCACUUGCCGACACAAGAGAAAAGGAAGUACAUGAUGACUGCAGAUUUUGAGGGCUGGUCGUCUCCCGAGGUUUAUAAUGAUCCUGAUCUGAUGAAAUUCGGCCUGACCACGGCAAAGACGUGUGAAUUCAUGUACCAUGUCGCGCUUUCUCGUGACCCCAAUCAGCAGCCCGCACUCUCAACAAUUCCACCAGCUCUUCGGCCGAUGGUGCUCGAAUUUGCGAAGGAAGUUACAGCUGCACAGGAGAGGGUGCUGGCAGCGAUGUCCGUAGCGUUGGGGCUUGACGCAAGUGCUUUGCAGAAUCGCUUCGGGCCCGCUGAUGUAGGAAUCCGAGCCAAUUAUUAUCCUUUGAAGAGAGAGGGGAAGACUGUGGGGGAGCUGCCGGCGCACUCGGACCUGCCUGCUAUCGUCUUCCUCUUCGCAGACAAGGUGCCUGGGCUGGAGAUCAGAAAGGACGAGCGAUGGGUUCGAGUCAAGCCCGUGGCUGAUGCUUUCGUCGUCAACGUGGCGGACUGUCUCGAGGUGCUGAGCAACGGGAGAUUCAGGAGUGCAGAGCACAGAGGAGCGGGCAGCGAGGCGGAGGAGCGGAUCUCCAUGGUCUCGUUCUACAUGCCCUCCAAGGCCGCCACGAUCGGCCCCAUGGACGAGCUGCUGGACGAGACGCAUCCUGCGCGGUUCCGCUCUGCCAAUUUCGGCCAGAUGGGGCUGGAACUGUUGUCCACGGGCCUCAAAGGCAAGGGAUUUGUGGAGGCUCUCAGGAUCGAAGGCUGAGCGAAUCGAUCUCAGAUUCGUCGUCCCAUUGCUCCAAUUUGUGACGAUGAUCCAGUUUUCCUGCGAGCCGGCAACUCAGAGUCAUUCAUGAUCGAAGUCCAGGAACGACCGAGCCAACGGGCGAACUGUGGCGGACCUUGUACCGCGUUUGCUUCUAUGGUGGCCACCGACUUCUGACCACGUUAGAAAACGUAGCGUGGUGAUUCCCUUGUGCAGCACAGAUGAGAUCUUCAAAUGGGAGGCAUAGCGAAGACCGGCAUGCAGACAGAGAAAUGCUCCGUGGCCAUCAAUUAAUUUAUAUUUAUAUCUCGCAAGUUCAACCGGCCUCAGUUUGAUAUCCAUCUCAAAAAAUAUAUGGAUUUAUUCCGGAUUACAUCUAUGGAUAUUUAAUAAGAGG